UUGCCCCCCUGAAGAGUGUAGCACCUGCCCUAGCUACGAAACCUGUGAAACAAACAACACAGAGUUCUUUACGUCGUGCAGGGAGUGAAAGCUUUCCGGUAACUGAACCCAAACAUUCAUCCAAAAACAUAAAAAAAAAUGGGACUGCUGUCUAUCCUUCGUAAAUUACGGUCUAAUCCAGACAGGGAACUGCGAUUGCUGCUUCUUGGAUUGGAUAAUGCCGGAAAGACGACAAUUCUCAAGUCAUUGGCUAGUGAAGAUAUCACUCAGGUCACACCAACACAAGGAUUCAACAUCAAAAGCGUUCAAAGCGAAGGCUUUAAACUCAAUGUUUGGGACAUUGGAGGGGCUCGGAAGAUUCGUCCCUAUUGGAGAAACUAUUUCGAAAACACUGACGUCCUUAUUUAUGUAGUCGACAGUGCAGACCUGAAAAGGCUAGAGGAAACCGGUCAAGAGUUGUCGGAACUUCUGCUAGAGGAGAAAUUACGGGGAGUCCCCCUUUUAGUUUACGCGAAUAAGCAGGACCUGGGGAAUGCCGUGACAGCGGCGGAAAUAGCAGAAGGUCUAGGACUUCACAACAUAAAGGAUCGAGACUGGCAAAUCCAGGCGUGCAUUGCCACAGAAGGAAAGGGUGUGAAGGAGGGACUCGAAUGGGCCUGCAAGAGCAUUAAAAAAAAGUAAUACCAAAUAUAGAACUGAAUUCAGUUAAGGAUUCAACCAACGGAUACGAA